CAGUUUCCUGCGCCUUCCUCGCACUCUGCCCCCUCGGCGCCGUCGAAGGUUGAAGCAAGGUGUGUUCACCUGUGCCUGCCGUCCACGGGUGGACGGACAGGCGGCCCCGCCGAAGGCAGCGAGCUCUCGGACUUGCAUCUCUCCGGCUUCAACAUUCGAUUUCCCCGCCUCCCUCCGUAAGAAGACUGUUAGGAUGCCAAUGGUAGCACGGAGACUGAGAGAUCCUGACAUAAAUCCUUGCUUGUCGGAAUCUGAUGCUUCUACCAGAUGUAUGGAUGAAAAUAACUAUGACAGGGAAAGGUGUUCCAAUUACUUCUUGAAGUACAAGAACUGCCGGAAAUUCUGGAAUUCUAUCAUGAUGCAGAGAAGACAGAAUGGAGUGAAGCCACCUAUGCCAACAGCAGCAGAAAGAGAUGAAAUCUUGGGAGCAAUGGGAAAGAUGCCCUAUUGAAUGUUUGCAUUAAAAUUGAUUAUUUAACAUAAAAGAAGAUAAAUAUUUUUAAUAAAUGAUUACUGUAGUCUUUUAAGACCAUUUAAGCCUUA